AUGACGACGGAAGUGAUGUUGGCCGAGAUCCUAGCCAAGCUGGAGGAGGUGAACACCCUAUUGGGGAUCCGCGCUGGGCCACCGACUCCUUCAUCCCCUCCAUCGAUCCCCACCCACAUCGCUGGCAGCGGGGAGGACCAGGAGCGAGGAGUCCGUGCGUCGUCGGGCUUCACCGAGCUCCCUGACCCGCCCGUCUCCAUCGACGGCCACCUCGGCAUCCUCUUCGACGCCGACGGCGGGGGCGUCGACCGCCUCAGACGCCUCCCCGACUCGCUCCUACGCGACAUCGUCUCUCGCCUCCCCAUCAAGGACGCCGCACGCACAGCGGUGCUCUCCCGCCGCUGGAGCCCCAUCUGGCGCGCUACCCCGCUCCUCGCCUUAGACGACUUCCACCGCUUUGAGGGGGCCGUGCCCAGCGAACUCACCGCCCAGGCCCGCUUCGGCUUCUGCUCCGUUGAUUUACUUCCAGCUCGGGACCUGGCGCACAAGGUUGCGGCAAACCUCUUCGCCGUGCAGCGUGGGGCGCGGGUCAUCUACGACGCCAAUGCACGCAACGCCGUCCCGGGUAACCACCCCACCACCAGCACCCUGGUGACGGCCGCCUCGGCCUCACCCACCCCUUCCCUAACCUCCACUUCAAUCCAGGAAGCGACUCUUGUCUUCCAGUUUGGCACCACCGAGCUUCUCUAUGCCUCGCCCACCAGGUGCUCGACGCUGGGUCUCUACGACAUCGCCUGUGUUCCGGUGUCUGUCAUCCCACCUUACAACAUUGCUACCGACACCCAAAUCACCUGGAGCGAACACCUGCAGACCUUGCACGUCAGGUAUCCGGUGUUAUUCCCAACAGUUGGUUCUGUCUGGUUGUGUUUGGGCAUUGAAUCCCUUGAUGCCAACAAGGCGUUGGAGAUAAUGUUUCAUGGUUUUACUGUUUCUGAUUUGGCUGCCAAAGACAUAUAUGAAUAUGCCAAGGUGACAACAGUAUGGUUCAGUGGCUGCUACUCUACCGACACCAGCAACAUCAUUGUUGAAUUUGUAGCAUGUGAUGAUCUCCAAACUACAGAUGUGCUGCACAGUCACCUGCUAGAUAUGUUCAUGGCCUCUAGCAAUCCACCCAGUACUCGCAAUGUCAGGCCUCAGCAAGAAAAUUACAGAGUUAUUUCUAGACUGUACAAGCCUAAUGCUCUGGCUGCUCUCAGAUUAUGCAAGCACUUGGUUAGCAGUUACACUUUUCAGCUAGAAGGGACCUAUGCACAGCUUGAUUUGAAGGAGGGCAACUUAAGUCAUGGGCAUUGCCAGCUGCUGAAAUAUGCUAUUGGCUUUAUGGAGCAGUGGCUUGCCAGCCAAGGUGACCGGAAGAAGGGGGAGCCUUCUUCCGCGACAGGCGGUCGCAAGCGUGGCAAGCCACGCAAGGCGCGCAGAGACGCCCAGGCCGGGGCGCGAGGACAUGCCGAGGGUGAUGCCCGCGGAGGCGCUCAGGGCGGCGCCGCCGGUGGUCAGUUUGGUCAGUCUCUGAUCAUAUACACAAAUGGUUCUAAGUGUGCAUGGGGCUGUGACCAGCUUGAUCUAGAGAAAGAGCCUAAAUUUUAUCGGGACCUUGUUGUCUUGACACAUCCUAGAGGUCAUUUUGUGCAUGAAAGUGUCACACUAUUGCUUUGGCUUGGGAUUUUCACAGUGUUCAAAGAUUCUGUUGACACAUAUUGCACUGCUCAUGACACCAAAUAUGCUGCAGCUAUUACAUCGGUACAAAUACAGCUGAGUGCUUUCAGAAACUGCUACGACUUCAUUGUACUGCAGUCUGCUGGAGGCAGCAACAGCUCAAUCUACUUGAGUCAACCUGACACUUUUGUGCAUCUGAGAACCCCUAAGAUCUACAUAAUGAGUGAAUUUUGGCUUGAGCUCUUAGAAUCCGUCUUCGACAACGGCUUGAGGACAAGCCGUGCUUCAAGGAGGGGGGAAUGUCAUGGUAUGGGAUGUUAUGGACAUGGAGUCCGGCCCAGCAUCAAGGAAGGCGCCCACGAGCAAGAGGCCAAGGAAGCCCAAUCCAAGAGUAUCCGGCCCAGAAUGGCGUAA